CUAACUCACCAGUCUACACAGUGGUAGGUUUUCCAAGGCCCCCGAAGACUGUUAUACAAUGCCUGUAUUUCAAGCCAAGACAUUUCGACGUGCAACAACUGCGUCAUCUACAAUUGGGGAACGGAUUGGUGCAUCAUACAGAGCCCGUCUACCAAGGCAUCCAUUCCUACUCUUCGGCUUCCCUUUCAUCAUCAUCAUCGUUGCCGGAUCUUUUGCUUUAACACCUGCUGCUGCUCUGAGGUACGAGCGGCAUGACCGCAAGGUCAAACAACUAAGCCAAGAAGAGGCGAUCAGUCUGGGCCUCAAAGGGCCUGAUGGCGAAGAAGGUAUCAAACGUAAUCCACGCAGGAGGAUUCUUGGAGACGAACGAGAGGAGUACUAUAGGCUUAUGGCCAAAGACCUUGAUGACUGGGAGCAGACCAGGGUACAACGCUUCAAAGGCGAGCCUGAUGGGAAGCUUUGAAAAAGAAGUAACUUUAACUUGCACUUUAUAAUUGGUAUAAUUUGUAUCUGAUGUUCCCAAUUUGACCUUGUUCGCAGAAAAUAUCCAGUUAUCUUUAAUCUGAUAUUGGUCAUGAUAUAUCGCAGGCCGCAUAUCCGC